UCAGCUGAGGGACUGAGUGAGACACACGCAGAUCAAGUAAAGCAGAAAGUAGCUGGGACAUGUGAUACUCGCUGCUUUGUGGGAACUAUCUGAACAGUGACAUUUUACUUUGUAUGGGAGCCAGGAAACACGACUGCAACCUGUGGAGAUGGGAAAUACAACCACCUCAGAGUACACCAAUAUGACUGCGAUGAACUCGUCAUCAAAUUCAACUGGGACUGAUGAAGGUUUCAGUGCCCCUGUAAUGAUCCUGCUGGGCAUGGUCAUGUCCUUAUUAGUUUUGAUUAUUGUCUUUGGCAACAUCCUGGUCAUAACGGCAAUUGCCCGCUUUCAGCGUCUCCAGAAUGUCACCAACUAUUUCAUCACAUCGCUUGCCUGUGCCGACCUGGUCAUGGGUCUGAUUGUGAUUCCUUUCGGUGCCUGUAAAAUUAUCUCCAGUACGUGGUACUUUGGUAAUUUCUGGUGUGACUUCUGGACUGCCACUGAUGUGCUCUGUGUGACUGCAAGCAUUGAGACCCUGUGUGUCAUCGCCAUAGACCGUUAUUUGGCCAUUACUUCUCCCUUCCACUACCAGUCGAUGUUGACCAAAUGCAAAGCUCGCAUUGUGGUGGUGCUGGUCUGGGUGAUUGCUGCUCUGAUAUCUUACCUGCCCAUCCACAUGAAGUGGUGGACCGCUGAUACUAUGGAAGCUAGAAACUGUACGAACCAAACCAACUGCUGCGAAUUCCACACCAACCAGGCUUAUGCCAUCACUUCCUCUAUCAUCUCCUUCUACAUCCCUUUGGUCAUCAUGAUUUUUGUCUACAGUCGAGUUUUCCAGGAGGCAAGGCGCCAACUGAAAAAGAUAGACAAAAGCGUUGGACGUUUUCAUAAUAGCGACAUCAGCAACAGUAAUUCUCUGGAGGCCAAUAAUGGCCGUGGCCUUAAAAAGGCAAAGUUUUGCCUUCGGGAACACAAAGCUCUGAAGACUCUGGGCAUCAUCAUGGGGACCUUUACUCUGUGCUGGCUGCCCUUCUUUGUGCUAAACGUGGUGGAGGCUAUAUGGGCUGUGAACAGCCCGAUCACCUUUAUGGUACUUAACUGGAUAGGUUACGCAAACUCUGCCUUCAACCCACUUAUUUACUGUCGGAGCCCUGAAUUCUGGUAUGCAUUCAAGGAAAUCCUGUGUAUGAAUAGGAACCGCCUCACCAACCCUGGACCUGUGAAUGGAUACAUCUAUAGCAGGCACAGCUGGCAGAGUGAGCAGCAGGGGAGGAGUAAAGGUAACUCAGAAGAGAGUGACCCCACUGAAGGGUUUCUGGGGAAAGGAGCAGGGACCCCAGUUGUGGACAGAGCAGUGGACCCCAACGGGAAUUGCAGCAAAGACAUAAUGACUGUAACGAGUAUAACAACUGUCCUUUAAACUUGAAGCACUGAGACUUCUGUCAACAAGGAAAUCCAGAUAUGUUUAUACUGCUAUUGUAAACAGUUUUUUCAAAUGACUGAUGAAGGUAAGGCCAGUCAAAAAUGACUGACAGAGUCUCUGGAGACUUUAAAGAAACAAUAACUCAGCUGUUCAGCUGAGUAAAGUGUCACUUUUCCUCUUCAAACACAGUGACACAAAACUGUAGGUCUCUCACAUUUCCCUUUUGUGUGCGUUCAUUGCAUUUUUUAUUUUGUUUGAAUUUUCACAUCUACCUCAUCAUACCUUUUCAAUAUUUGCAUCUUAGCUGACCAUCUGUCACAUUAAGUCACUGUCCGCAGGAGUUAAAGUAGGGCAGCAUCUCAGCAGUUUAUUUACUCUACUAAAUGGCCUGUGGAUUGUAUGACUGCUAAUUGUCUGGCUUCAACUGAAUUUGUAGCCAUGUUGUUUAUCUUUGAUCUGGAGAGAGAUCCCACAGUUUUUAUUAGCAUAAAAUGUUUCAGAGAAGCAAUCGGAGGUUGUAAAUUUCAUCCGAACAUGCCAAUUUGGCACAAAGAGCAAAGUAAUCAGAAAACGAUUGAGGGUGAAGGGUUAAACGUAAUACCUCUUCGAUGCUUUGCUUUAAGAAACACAUUCCAAAUUGACCGAGAUUAUAAUCUGGCAUGCUUUACUUUGCUCUUUUUUCCCCUUUAACGAUUGGAAAAUCGGAAAAAUGAUCAAAAGCAGGUGUGGCGAAACCUGUCUCAGUCAUUCUGUCUCACUCCUCAGCAAUGUUACGAGGUCCUGUUCCCUCCUAUAGUGUUUUACAGUCUCUUGCAUUUGAGUUUCCAUUGCAGGGAGAUAGCACUAGAGAUAUGAUGGUUAAUCUACAGUAAUCUACGAGUUACUGAUGAAACCUACGUCAAAGUGAGGCUGGUCAAAACUUGCAUGCCUGUAUAUGUUGUCUAAGCCAGAUUCCGCUGUCAGGUCGAAGAUAUAUGUACGUAAUCUUUCAGUGCAAAGUGGAUGCUAUUACAGAUAAUGCGGUUAAUCCUGAGUGUUGACCUUUGAAGCUUGCAGCUGUUAUUAACAUAAAUUCAAAAGUGCACGUUUUAAAGUUUGCUAUUGCACAGUCAGAACCCAUCACUUCUUGCAUUCUGUUAAGUGGUCGACUUAUGUGCUACAUGUCACUCGGUGCAAUAUGGCCAUUAUGUAAGUGUAAGAAAAACUAUUCAUCUUUCCUUUUCCUUCUAUGCAACAGUUACAGUAGCCCCCUUUGUUGCACAAGCCCUAUUUAUUUAUUAAAAUCUGUGGUUGCUCUGUUUCAGCAUGUACACUGUUUACUGAAACCAGAGAAGCCAUUUCCUUAGUCAUGGCACAAGGGUACAAACCACACGUAAUAAUAAACACUUUGUCAAAAUAGCCAAGCGAUAACAAAGUUCCACACCCAAGAUGUGGCGGUGGUGAAUAUUCAGGCUAAUAAAGAUAGAUGAGAGGAAGAAAAAGAACACAGCCCUUAGUAGUGCACUGUUGUCACAGCUCUCUCACAGGUGCCUCCGUUGUAAAAUCAGUUGAAAAUCAGAAAACCUUUGGAGAAGACACUCAGGAGUCCAUAGAACAGUGCCUUAGCUGUUCCAGUUUCCGACAUUAAUUCUCUAAUAAACAAUGCAGGUUAGAAUAAAAUCCGAAGGGGCAAUUUAACAUGAGAUCAGAUAGUCAUGGGAGCAAAUUUGUUUUUUGCGACUUACAGUAAACGGUGUGCAAGAUCAUUAGUUUUAAGAGAAGUAAUGAAGGUGCACCUACAGACAGAACCCCUUUCCCCAGUCAGUUUGGCAGUCUCUAGUAUGUCUUGAUCAGCAUGCUAAAUGUGGCAGAAGGGGGACCAGAGAUUCUCUGCAAAUCUAAAUCGGUGUUAGUGACCUGUGUUAAAGUGCAUGUAGCAUUGCCGGUGCAGGUCUGCUGAUGCCGUAAAAACUGUGAACUUUGUUCUCUCAGAGGAAUCUCCAUGUACUGUAUUGCUAUGUCCGAUCAGCACUGCUGCUGCUGCAGACCUUAGGAAUAGACGUAAAUAUGGUAUCCUCAUACGUCACUGUUUGCCAUGUGAAAAAACAAGCUUUCCAGGAUGUCGAGCUCAUUAUCUGUUUUUCUUUUUAACAGAUUUACAGCAAAGUAAAUGCAGGGGUUGGGUGUCAUAAGACAUGUUGGUCUGCAUUUUCCCAACAUUUUCACUGUACAGUCUAUGCGAAGCACAAAACGGUCAAAGACUCUAGACCAUUUUCUGUGUUGCUUUUAUUAAGAUGCAAAUAGCUGAGUUUAAAAGGUCUGCAGCUUAAAUAAGUGUAAUUUUAGGAGUAAUGCACAAAUGAUCUCUUGCAUGCCAGCUUCACAUUUGUAGUGAGGUGUUUGUGGACUUCUGUGCCAUUUCCUUUAAAAGUGAUCAGUUUGAGCCCAA